UAGACAAAUAUGUUGCCAAUAACAUUCCGUUUCCAACACUCCCUCUCGGCAGAUUAGUGACGCAAACUUUAUCGCACUUUUUAAACGAGUAGGCUACAUCGUUUUUACAUGUUCAGUAUUUUGUUCACUAACACUUUCAUUUAUAUAUGGAAUCUAUCUUGGCUUGAGAAAGAGAACCAGACUGUACAUCUUCUGGGGGAUGAUUAAACCUGUCUUUGAAGACGGAUUGUUUGAAUAAGGAAAAGGAGAGAAAAACGAAAGUUGUUCCAGUUGUGAUGUUUUGUUGUUGUUCUAUGGUCCACAUCCCUCUGCAGCAAUGGAGAUAGAUAGUAUGGUGGCGAACAGCGCACUCAUCAGAGCCAGAGGAGGUGGAGGGGGAAAAGGCAGGAGUUGGAAAUGGAAAGACAUGCUGCGCUUCCCUCACAUCAGCCAGUGUAUGGAGCUGGCAAAAACCCUCGAGCGAGACUACUACAGUCUGUGUGUGAAGCAGCCUAUCGGCAGACAACUAUUCCGUCUCUUCUGUCAGAGCAAACCUGAGCUGCGGCACUGCAACUCCCUAUUGGACAAAAUGGGGGAGUAUGAGGUGAAGUCAGAUGAGGAGAAGAGGAGUUUUGGCAUGCAAAUCAUUAACAAGUUCCUCAGUAGACAGUCAUCUGAGUGUGUACAGGUAGUAGAGCGCUAUGGUGAGAGGUGUAGGGAGAGUCUGGAGGAGCAGCACAGUAGAGAAGUCUUCAUUGACUGCACAGAUGACCUCCAUGAGUACCUGAGCGGUGCCCCCUUCCUUCAGUACCAGCAGAGCAUGUACUUUGACCGUUUCCUGCAGUGGAAGAUGGUAGAGAGACAGCCUGUUACCAAACACAUCUUCAGACAGUACAGGUUGCUUGGCAAGGGAGGCUUCGGGGAGGUGUGGGCAUUCCAGGCACGUGCCUCUGGGAAGAUGUAUGCAUGUAAGAAGCUGGAGAAGACUCAUGUGAAGAAGGGGAAAGGAGAGGCCAUGGCCCUCAAUGAAAAACAGAUACUAGAGACACUUAACAGCAGAUUUGUGGUCAGUCUGGCGUAUGCAUAUGAAACCAAACAGUCUCUCUGUCUGGUGCUGACCAUAAUGAACGGAGGAGACCUGCGGUUCCACAUCUAUAACAUGGGUACUUCAGGCCUGGAGCAGGACAGGGUUCAGUUCUAUGCUGCUGAGGUCUGCUGUGGUCUCCACCACCUCCACCAGAUGAACAUUGUCUACAGGGAUCUAAAACCAGAGAACAUCCUUCUGGAUGACAACGGGCACAUCCGUAUCUCAGACCUGGGCCUGGCGGUGACACUAUCUGAGGGGAAUCUGGUACGAGGCAGGGUGGGCACCCUGGGCUACAUGGCUCCAGAGGUGAUUGGCAACGACUACUACGGGUUGAGCCCUGAUUGGUGGGGCCUGGGCUGCCUUGUGUACGAAAUGACGGCAGGACGAUCCCCAUUCAAGAGAAAGGGGGAGCGAUUGAUAGGAAAGGAGAUGGAGAGAAGGAUACAGGAGGAGGAGGAGGAGUACGGAAAGAUAUUUAGCAACGAGACGAAAGACUUCUGUCGCUUGCUGUUGACUAAAGACCCGAGAGAUAGGCUGGGGUGUCAGGGGAGUGGGGUGUAUGGGAUUAAGUCCCAUCCCUUCUUCAGAAACAUCAACUUCAGGAGGCUGGAGGCCGGAGUCAUUGAGCCACCCUUCAAACCGGAUCCCAGAGCAGUGUACUGCCAGGAUGUUCAGGACAUUGAUGAGUUCUCCACAGUAAAAGGAGUCAUUUUGGAGAGGGCAGACAACGACUUCUACAUCAAGUUUAACACAGGCUCAGUGGCCAUACCCUGGCAGACAGAGAUGAUAGAGAUGGGUUGUUUCAAGGAGCUGAAUGUGUUCGGGCCUCAGGGUUCCAGACCCCCUGACCUGGACUGGACCCAGACCCCUGCCCCAGUGAGCCCCAAACGCAGCCUGCUGGACCGCUUAUUCCGCAGACAUCAUUCAGAGGAGUCAGGCAGCAGAAGACACAAGUCAGACAGCAGCACCAUGGACUCAGCUAGCCUGCUCAGCACUACAAUCUAGUGGUGGAGGCACAGCACUGCAGCCAAUGGACUAAAGCCAAAGCUGCAACAGACGUUAGAGUGCCUGGGCCAUUCCAUCUAUCGUUCACCAGCUCAGGCCAAAGAGACCACCCCCGUACAUCAUCCAGGAGGUGGUCAUCUUAUUUCUGCAUGAGUCAGAUCAGAGAGAACCUCAGCUAAGAUUGUUCUGAUUUUGUACCCGUGUGUUUAUGUAACCUUAGUAUAAAAACCUUGAAAACAAAUCUUUCCAAAUCUUUACUUUAUUAAAACCAGUAUGAAAGUAAAACAAAAGUAAAUUGUUAAAACAAGACCAAACCUUAAUAUUUCACAUCUGUCCAACCUUUUUAUGCUCGUAAGUAUGCUGGGUAAAAAAUGUCACAUCAGACCUGAUGGAAACAGCAAAUUUGUUGGUAAAACUUUACAAAUAUCGACAAAACAAAACACAUUAGACAAGGUGGGAUAUUUUUUGUGUCUGAACUAUGCGAGUAAUGGCAGUGGAAAUGCUUUCAUGGGCAAAUAUUGAUAUAAUAACCAUCAUAUCGAAGUAAAUUUGAGAGUCACGUGAUGACGUGUGUGGUCCUCACACUACGACUAGGGAAAGAAUGUUUAUUAGGCUACAAAUGAAAUAAAUUAUGGUAAACUUCACAGCGUGGUGAAAGUGGAAGGUGAUAAGCUUGGUGCUCCUUUCCAAUACAUAUCGAGGGUCUUAUUCUGGUGACAUGAAGAUUGAGGCAUG